GCGCAGACGCUGACUGCUAUCUUGUCCAAGAAUGGCUUGCUGCUAUCUUGCCUUACUUCUCGUCUUCCUCACCUCCGGUACCCAUGCGAAGCCCCACCACGGAGAGCUACAAACCCUCCUAACCAUCCGGCGAGACUGGGGAAGCCCUGCUGCACUGAGCUCAUGGAAACCCAAAAGCUCCGUUCAUCUCGCCCACUGUAACUGGGAUGGAGUUACCUGCAACAGCAAUGGCCAGGUCACCACCUUGUCUUUCGCAAAACUCCACAUAGCCAAUCCAAUCCCAGCCUCCGUAUGCAGGCUCAAGCACCUGUCGUCCUUAGACCUUUCCUACAACAACCUCACCGGCGAGUUCCCCAAGGUGCUCUAUGGCUGCUCGACUCUGCAGUACCUCGACCUCUCCAAUAAUCAGCUCGCCGGCAGCCUCCCGGGCGACAUUGGCAAACUCUCUUCGGAGAUGCUGCACCUGAACCUGUCAGCCAAUGGUUUCAUCGGCCACGUGCCGUCAGCCAUUGGGGGAUUCCUGAAGCUCAAGUCCCUGGUUCUUGACACCAACAGCUUCAACGGGAGCUACCCAGCUGCCGCCAUCGGCCGCCUGGUUGAGCUUGAGACGCUGACGCUGGCCAGCAACCCGUUCGCGCCGGGGCCUCUGCCCGACGCGUUCGGCAAGCUGACUAAGCUGACACUUCUGUGGCUGUCGGGGAUGAACCUGACCGGUAGAAUCCCCAGCAGCUUGUCAGCGCUCAACGAACUCUCGAUCCUGGACAUGGCCAUGAAUAACCUGCAGGGCAAAAUCCCCGUGUGGAUAUGGAAGCUUCAGAAGCUCCAGUACCUAUACAUGUACGGCAAUAGAUUCACCGGCGGGAUCGGGCCGUUUGACGCCGCCGUGAGCAUGCUCCAGCUCGACCUGUCAAGCAACAGGCUCACCGGACCCAUACACGAUACCAUCGGCAGCAUGAAGAACCUGAGCUUGCUGUUUCUGUACUACAACGACAUCGCCGGGCCGAUCCCGGUGAGCCUCGGGCUGCUCCCGAACCUCGCCGACAUCCGGCUAUUCGAUAACAAGCUUUCGGGCCCUCUGCCACCGGAGCUCGGCAAACACUCCCCGCUGGGCAACUUCGAGGUCGCCAACAACCUCCUCUCAGGGGGGCUGCCAGAGACGCUCUGCGCCAACAAGCAGCUCUACGACCUCGUGGUCUUCAACAACGGAUUCUCGGGGGUGUUCCCAGCGGGACUCGGAGAGUGCGACACGCUGGACAACAUCAUGGCGGAAAACAACAGCUUCACCGGGGAUUUCCCGGAGAAGAUAUGGUCAUUCCCCAAGCUCACCACCGUCCUGAUUCAUGACAACAGCUUCACCGGCACUCUGCCCGCGAAGAUAUCGCCUUUGAUCUCGAGGAUCGAAAUGGACAACAACAGAUUCUCCGGUGCCAUCCCGAUGACUGCAUACAGGCUACAAACGUUUCAUGCGCAAAAUAAUUUGUUCUCGGGCAUUUUGCCGCCUAACAUGACUGGACUCGCCAACCUCGCUGAUCUCAACCUCGCCAGGAAUCGUUUAUCUGGCCCAAUUCCGAUGUCCGUCCAGUUUUUGAGAAGGCUGAAUUUUCUCGACCUCAGCAGCAACAAGAUAUCUGGGCCGAUUCCAACAGGGAUUGGGUCGCUGCCAGCGCUCAACGUCCUUGACCUCUCCAAGAACGAGCUCACCGGCGACAUACCGCCAGAUUUUAGUAAUCUCCACAUCAACUUCAUAAACCUCUCAUGUAAUCAACUCACUGGCGUGAUACCGGUCUGGCUGCAGAGCCCCGCGUACUACCAGAGUGUCCUGGACAACCCCGGUCUGUGCUCCGGAGUACCAGGCUCCAGCCUACGCCUAUGCGCCGGAAGCAGCAGCAGCAGCAGCCACGACCACCAUGUAAUCAUCAUUCUGUUGGUCGUGCUUCCCAGCAUAACUCUCAUCAGCGCCGCCAUUACUGGAUGGCUUCUCCUCUCGCGUAGGAGGGGCCGCCGAGACGUUACGUCGUGGAAGAUGACAGCGUUCAGGGCGCUGGAUUUCAUGGAGCACGACAUAAUCAGCGGGAUCAGGGAGGAGAACUUGAUUGGCAGGGGCGGCUCAGGUAAAGUGUACCGAAUCCAGCUGCGCAGAGGAAAGGCAGGAGGAUGUGGCAGCGACAGCCAAAGGACGGUGGCCGUGAAGAGGAUCGGGAACGCCGGGAAGGCGGACACGAGCCUUGAAAAGGAGUUUGAGUCGGAGGUAAAUACGCUGGGGGAACUCCGGCAUGACAACAUCGUCAACCUGCUCUGCUGCAUCUCCGGCGACGAUGACAAGCUUCUCGUGUACGAGAACAUGGAGAACGGGAGCCUGGACCGUUGGCUGCAUCGCCGCCACCAGAAGCAUGCCGGUGUUGUCGGGCCACUAGACUGGUCGACGAGGCUGAGCAUCGCCGUUGACGUCGCCAGAGGCCUUAGCUACAUGCAUGAGGACUUGGUCCGGCCGGUCAUCCACCGUGACGUCAAGUGCAGCAACGUCCUGCUUGACUGCAGUUUCAGAGCCAAGAUCGCCGACUUUGGGCUUGCUCGAAUCCUUGCCAAGUCCGGCGAGUCGGAGGCGGCCUCUGCCGUUUGCGGGACCUUUGGUUACAUCGCUCCAGAGUACAUACAGAGGGCAAAGGUGAGCGAGAAGGUGGAUGUCUACAGCUUCGGGGUGGUCCUGCUGGAGCUCGCCACCGGCCGGGGCGCGCAGGACGGCGGCACGGAGUCGGGAAGCUGUUUAGCCAAAUGGGCAUCGAAAAGGUACAGGAAUGGAGGUCCGUUUGCCGGCCUGGUGGACGAUGAAAUCCUUGAUCCAGCCCACUUGGAUGACAUGGUAACCGUGUUCGAGCUUGGCGUGGUCUGCACCCGCGAGGAUCCGCGAUCAAGGCCGUCCAUGAGCCAGAUCCUCCGCCAACUCCUCGACCUCAAGUUUGAUCGGAACAAAAUAGACGGCUGCGAAGCCAAAGACAAUUUUGGCGUUGAUUCUUCUGACCAGUGUAUAGUUUGAUUUCCACCGGGGUUUGGGUGAAUGCAAUGCAUCCCAUGCAGAGCCUACUCAUUUACCCAAAGUCCCUUUCGACUACAGAGUUGUGAUCAAUUGCACGCGAAAAUUAAGAAAUGUUAGUUGCACACACAAGAUUGCGGGAGCCAUACACAAGGAAGAUACACAAACGUAUGACAUCAACAUAUUUAAAGCCGAUUUCAAGAAUAAAAAAUGUUCUGUGGAUUAAUUAAA